AUGAUGAGAGCGCUCCUGGCGCGCCGCUGCUGCGCAUCCUCCUCCUCGCGUCAGAGCGGGUUCCUCCGCCUCGUGGGCCGGCGGAGGCAGUCCUCUGCCGGGCCCGCGGAGCCGGCGCCCGAGGCGGAGAGCUCGGCGUGGCCUCUGGCUGCCGGUGGCGCCCUCGCAGCCUCCAUCCUGCUCGCCGGCGUCGCCGCCAAGCGCGAGCGGCUCGUUGCGCGAGUCCAGGCGUGCGUGGAGGAGUCGGGACCGCAGGGACUCGCGAGCGACGGCGCCUCGCUCCUGCAGAUCGGCGGGCUGAUGCUCGCCUUUUCGCUCGCGCAGCUGCCCGUCGAUGAGCUCAAGCUGCGGCUGCUCGCGAGCGGGGCGGUGCAGCAGUGGGGCCAGCUGGUCGCCUCCUUCGAGGCGGACGUGCAGCAGGUGGCGCUCGGCGCGCUCACCGCCCUGCUCGAAGGCGCCGAGCCCAUGGCUGCCUUCAACGCCGACGCGGGCCUGUACUCGGCCUACCGCGACGCCCUCCCGCCGGUGCUGCACGCCUCGCCCACCGCCACACCCCUCAACGACUCGGAGGCGCAGGACACGUCGCCGAACCGGGUGCAUCGCUGGCGCGUCUGUGACAUGGCGCUGGCAUGUCCGCAGGUGCUGCUUGACGCUCUCCGCCUGGCGGCCGCCCUCGCCAACCACCCCCAGUUCGAGCACGCCUCCACCGACGGCUGGUUCUUCGAGCGCCUCCUCGAGCAGGCGGCGCCCGCGACGGAGAUGGACUCGCUCGCCGCGCUCUACUGGUCGUGCGCCGCCGCCGCCGCCUCCCGCCGCUCCGACGUCGCGAUGGAGCUCCUCACAUCCCCCACCGUCAAGCGCUACCUCGUGCUGCUAGCGCCGCCGCCCGACACGCUGCUUGGCGCAGCGUCGCAGCAAGCAAGCGACGAGGACCUCGGCGAGCUGCUGGAGCCGUACGACGGGAUCGUGCCUGAGGCUGCGGAGCAGGGCUACGGCCGGCUGCAGGGCGACGCGGCGGCGGACCUUCGCGACUGGCUCAUCGAGGAGUACUCUCGCCUCGCGCUCUGCCGACUAGCGGCACACGCGGCGGAGGCGGAGGAGGAGCGGGCGGCCGCCGUGGCGAAGGGGUGGGAGGCGGCGAUGACGGAGGAGGAGAGGGCGGCGUGGUACGAGCCGUUCUUCGAGACGCACGCCACGCCGCCCUCCGACGAGCCGCCGCCGCUGCCCCCGCCGCUCGCCUCGCAGCUGACGACAGACGAGCACCUCGCGGAGGCACUCGCUUCGGUGGCGGCGUGCGCCCUCGGGGGAGUUGUGUGGGGCGCGCUGCGAGGCCUUGCCCGCCGGAGGGGGGUGCUGCGCGCUGUCGGGACCACCGCAGCGGGCGCGGGGCUCUUCGAGGCGGCGAUGCAGCUCAAGCUCAGCUUGCGAGGCAGGCUCGAGGGGGACGGCGCCGACGCCGACGGCGGGGGCAACUUCGGC